GUCACCACCCGCUCAAAUGUACCUGCUACGAGCGUCAUCCUUCCCGUUAUUCACGGAAUUGGGAGUCGCAUACCACCUUAACUCCGCAAGAUAAGGUACUACACCAACCUUCCUUGGACGUUUCCUGAUUUCUUUCUCUCAUAUCAUCCUGCAAUAUUUUCUCACGAUACCUAUUACGGCGUGUUAGUUUGUGGGUUAAGCUCUCUCGCUGGAGCUGAAAGGUCAUAUCAAAACAUCAUCGCCUGCAUCGGACUGCUAUAAUGUCCCCGUUGCACCCAUCCAAGGACGUCCUCCAGGGAACGGUCUACAGCCCUCUCUUAGCAAAGCCCCGUACUCCUUAUGAGGCUCACCUUGAGCUCUUCCCCGCUUACUCCUCCGUCGUACAAGAUGUGAAGGGCAAAGCCAAGGAGCUCAGCGCCGAGGCGACAGCCGAAUUUGAAAAGGCGAGCGCAAAAGCUCAAGCCAAGGCUGGAAAGAUCGAGCUAUACUCUGGAAAGUAUUAUGCCGCUUGCACCUUUGGUGGUCUGAUGGCCUGUGGUCUCACUCACGCUGCCGUAACUCCCUUGGAUCUCGUAAAAACCCGUCGACAAGUUGACUCAAAACUCUACACCAGUAACUUUCAGGCCUGGGGCAAGAUCUACCGUGCUGAAGGCGUUCGUGGUAUCUUCACGGGUUGGAGUCCAACCCUCUUUGGCUACUCUGCCCAAGGCGCCUUCAAGUAUGGUUGGUACGAAUACUUCAAGAAGACGUACUCUGAUAUGGCUGGUCCUGAGGCCGCACAAAAGUACAAGACCGGUCUAUAUCUUGCAGCCUCUGCCUCUGCUGAAUUUCUCGCUGAUCUUGCCCUCUGCCCCUUCGAAGCCGUCAAGGUCCGUAUGCAAGGCUCGAUCCCUAACCCCUACACCGGAACAGUCCAAGGCAUCAGCGCCAUCACAGGCAAGGAAGGCGUCGCUGGCCUAUACAAAGGCUUAUAUCCGCUAUGGGGUCGCCAAAUCCCCUAUACAAUGAUGAAGUUUGCUUCGUUUGAAACCAUUGUUGAGAUGAUCUAUGAUCGCCUGCCCGGUCAAAAGAGUGACUAUAGCAAGGCUGCCCAGACUGGUGUCUCUUUUACUGGUGGUUACCUGGCCGGUAUCUUGUGCGCCAUCGUCUCCCACCCCGCCGAUGUUAUGGUCAGCAAGUUGAAUUCCAACCGUCAACCUGGUGAGGCUUUCGGCGGCGCCAUGAGCAGAAUAUACAAGGACAUUGGUUUCGGUGGCCUAUGGAAUGGUCUCCCCGUGCGAAUUGUCAUGAUCGGUACUCUUACCGGACUUCAGUGGAUGAUCUAUGACUAUUUCAAGAUCUUUAUGGGUCUUCCAACCACUGGCGGCGCUCCACCUCCAGCCCAGAAGCAGGAGUAGGCUAUAUCGGCUCCCCUUGUAAAAAUGCAUGAGUCGCUUGUGCCAUAGUUGUCGAGGACUUCUUGGUGUGCCUUCGUUUUCUGUUCGUUCAGGUGGAUUAGAAGCAAGAGACAGUGUUGAUAGACCAAUAAACAAACCAUUUCUAUGAGA